UAGAACAAUAAACUUUUCACGUUAUAACGUGAUAUACUUCUUUUUUUCUUUUGCCUGGGUGGCAGCUCUACGCUUCCGUAUCAUUUAAACUCUCCAAUUACAACUGGACAUUUUAACUUAAGAAACAGCGCCACACCUGUCUGUAUUUCUUCCCCUUGGAGUGCUUAUGGAUAUAUUAUCGCUAUUAACCUAAAAACACGUUUUAAGGUUCUUUGUUGUUAAUAAAUGAGCCAUAUGAGAGCUAAUACUUACCUCAAACAGAGUUUAUAUUUAUUUUAUCGUUUUUUUAUUUUUUACUUUAAACAGUUUUCUUCGGACCAAGAACUGCGUGUAACGUCACUGGCUGCCUGCUUUGAUCUAUCAAAGCCUUCUUCGAGGUGGGCGUGGCUUAUGGCAUGCGAGGCCAUAAAUAACCCUCCACCAUUCCAGUAAAGCUCAGUUCACAAAGCAUUUGUGCAUCAGCACAGCAAGUGUAAUUUAAGCGCAUUUAGUUAACAAAGAGCACACAUGUCUAGCACAACUCCAACCACACAUCAAAUGAAUCCCACUUCUCCAAUUCAGAGUUUAAAAAGUACAGAUACAAACUUCAACAUGACUACUCCACUCACUUACACCUCAGUGGAAACUUGGGAGUUACUCAUCAACCACUUUUUUGGUACAAUUGUACCACAGUGGCAAUCUCUGGUACCGUUCAAACCAGAGUACUGUGACUUUCAUCUGCUUUCCACUUUGUUAACAGACAUGCUGAAGUUUACUAAAAUGUUAGUGAGAUCAACUAGGGAACCCACAGAGAAUGGAGAUCCAACCUCCAUGCAGGCCUCUGAGGUCUGUCUUCAGUCCGUGGGCGCAGACUGCCCUGAGAAAACAGAAGAUACAGGAGCAAAGGACAGCAUCCUGAAUGAAAGCUCUGUAGAUGACCACAGUGAUAAUGCAAACGUAGAAACUCCAGGACUGGAGGCUCAACCAGCCCUAGACUGCAUAUCUGUGGGUCAUUCAAACACACAACUCGAAACACCAGCCACAGUAAAGCCAAAAAAGAGCUGUAUGAAGAAAAACUUCACAGCUGAUACAAAAGACUUUGACAAAACAAAGUCUUGUCCCCUGGAAAAGCCUGUGAAGCUAGAAGUACCUGAGCUGCACAGUGACACUGAGUCUUUAACUUUUUCUAGUAUCAGUCCGCUACCUGAUUCUCUAGGCGAACGCUCUGUAGAAGACCAGGGAGAAACUCCAGGAUUGGAGGCUCAACCAGUUGUAGGCUGCAUAUGUGUAGACAACUCAAGCUACAGAGAUGAAACAGAAAGUCGAGGACUGAAAGAUGAGGCAACCCCCAGAUUUCAGGGAUUCCUCAGUGACAGUGAGUCUUUAACUUCUUCUCAGAUCAGUCCACUAUCUGAUUCUCUGAGCGAGGAAAAGUUGUGUGUCAACAAAGUUAUUCAGGUAGUGGUUUCAGAGGCCAUAGACAAUGUCGCCUCUAAACACAAGCUCUUCACAGAGCGCCUCACUCCUGACUGCAUUGGUGAUCGCCUGCUUGAGAAAAUCUGGCCAGAAAUUAAUGGCAAACAUUUGGAUCUAUCUCCAAAAAGCCUAAAAAAUAUCCACAAGGCCAUUUUAAAGGAUCUUUGCAAAACACACAAAUGCAAGGAAAAAUAUUUGAUUUUUAGUCUGAGGGAACAGCUUGAUAGCAUUACUGUUCCAAUCUUCACCAAACACCUGCUGGGAUUACCAAAAAGAGUACUCAGUGUAUCUAAAAACCGGGACGAGUACUGGGAACUUGUGGAAAAAUUCACUAGAGACCUGGUAAUACACAGUAUGGCCGAACUAAAUGAGACGACGACAUGGCAUUCAGGAACAACUGACUUCAUUGUACAGAGGCUUAGCCAAAAGAUCUGGAACAAAAUUUUGUCCAAAAAUUAUAAAAUCUCCCUAGAGAACAUUGAAGAACUCAGCUUGACAGUAUACAAUGAUCUCCAUGAAAAGUGGGAUUCUCCAGGACAGUUCAUGAAGUUAAGCAACCCAAUGGUUGACGACAUAAUUGUCAAUGCUUUCAAAAAACAUGCCAAGCUGAAGAGACGAAAUGUCAUCUCUAGGAUUUUCUCAUUUGCACGCUAAAAUUUAACUGACACGUGCGUGUCUUAAAAUAGCUUAAAAUAUUUAUUUAAAGUGUGCCAUCUCAUUGAAAUUUAGUUUUAAAACCAGAGUGGUUAAAAAUAACCACUCUUUUUCACCUGCCUUCCUUCCCUCAUUCCCAACUGGCCGCAGCAGAUGGCCACCCCAUUCCUGAGCCUGGUUCUGCUGGAGGU